GCGGCGGCGCGCGGCGACGGUGCUCGGUGCAGCUGGGCGACCCGCGUGCGAGGACACGAUGCACGACUCCGGCUCCAUGGUGCCCCUGCACUGGAUCGGCUUCGGCUAUGCGGCCCUGGUUGCGACCGGCGGGAUCAUUGGCUACGCGAAAGCAGGUAGUGUCCCAUCACUGGCUGCUGGGCUCCUGUUCGGUGGCCUGGCAGGCCUGGGAGCCUACCAGCUGUCUCAGGACCCCAGGAACGUCUGGGUGUUCCUAGCGACAUCGGGAACCUUGGCAGGCAUCAUGGGGAUUCGAUUCUACAACUCCGGGAAGUUCAUGCCCGCUGGCCUGAUUGCUGGAGCCAGUUUGCUGAUGGCCGCCAAGCUGGGCAUGAGUGUGUUGAGCGGACCCCGCCACUCCUAGUCUCCUCCCUGCCCGGACCCGGGAGGAGCUUUCUAACUGCCGCCGCUUUCCGCGAGUUGAAUAAGUACGACGUUCUGACCUUUCUGACGCUGUCGGAAAAGAUGCCACCGACCUUGGGGGAAGCGCGUCACCCAUUCUCCCCCGGCCCGUGCUCCUCCAGCCCGGGGUGGUCAUGGCGGCCUGUGCGCGUCCCCCGCCGCGGCGUGAGAUCGCAGGCGAAGGCCAGCCUCCGCCCCAGGAGGGCGCCUCUGAGAGACUCGGGGGUCCCUUCACGGAUCUCAGAACGCGGCGUCUACCCUGAAGUCACGUCAUCUGGGAUAUCAGUGAAAUAAAAGUUUGCAGUAAAUAACAUCUGUGGCGUCAGGGUCCCCGGAGCGUGGAGGAGGGGCGGCAGCAG